AUGACAGAGGAUAACUGUGUACGCCUUCAACAUUUAUGGGAGGAUGUUGAGAUCUUCAGAUUUGACUUGGCAUGGCUGGAACCUCAUGUUCAAUCCGCUUUGCGUAUGAAGAAGUUUCUGGAAAGGGCAGGGAGACUGAAAAGACUGAGAGAAGAUGUGGAUAUUUUGGAUAGUGAGAACAAGAGGCGGAGUGCUGUACUAGCUGUUACAGAGGCAGAUCUUGGGAUGGCAAAGAGAGACUUGGCUAAGGAGGAAGAGGGCUUUGUGGAGACAGAUAUGGAUAGAGAGCUAGGCUAUGGGAUGCCUUAA